CUUCAGUUUUAAAGGCGCGCUCGGUGAAAGCGGAUGCGAUCGCAAAUAUAGCAUUUCGAGACGUUCUGAGAACAACUAAACAAAAAGCCAAUUCAACUACAAUUUAGUAAUCAUAGCGAAUUUUAUUUUUAAAGAACGUGAAAGUCAAGUGCGCAGUUUGCAGCCGUGACUGAUCAUCAAACACCAAAAACGUUAAGUGCUGAGGUUUUUAUUUGAUAUGGACCGUAUUCAGUAUAUGGUUCAGUUACUGAACUGUUUAUAAAACAUGCGGUGUGAUAAGUGAAACAUAAAUUGCUAAUUAGCUCUGUUGGGAGCGUGAACAUUUGUAUAGCUACACUAGGUGUUAGUCAGAGUUACAUGUAUUCCUUAUAUAACAAUUCAAUUAAGAUUGGAAAAAUAGUUUGCUCAAGUUUUGUUUACUGUGCCAAAAUGUUUAAGAAAAAAUAAAUCUUUCAAGUGGAUAAUUUACAUUGUUCCAGGCAAUACAAGAGGAAAUAUCAGCAGUAAGACUGAGCGUUCCGGUUAAUUGAAGAAACACGAUUUAUUAAGGAUUUUCCCGUAUUGCUUGGUGGUAACAAUUAUCUAAAGUUAUAGUUGGUCUACCGAUAUUUAUCAAGCACGGAUAAAAAAAUAAAUAAUAAAUAUGGGGUUGGAUUUUAUUCAAGGAGGCAGUGCCGAUUACGAAAAUGCGCUUAUUCUAACCGGUUUCGGAAAAUUUCACUACUAUCUGCUGACAAUAUGUGGAUUAAUUUACGCAAAUACAGCGGUCGGCAUAACAAUUAUUUCUUUCGUCCUACCGUCGGCGACGUGUGAUUUUCAGAUGACUUCGGAAGAUAAAGGGUGGUUAACAGCUGCUCCGAUGUUAGGGAUGGUAAUCGGCUCAUAUUUUUGGGGCUGUUUAGCCGAUACAAAAGGAAGACGAGUUGUUUUAAUCGCCGCCUUGUUACUCGAUGGGAUCGCAGGUCUUUUAUCAUCACUAUCUCCAAUGUUUGGACUCUUCAUGAUGCUAAGAUUUAUUAACGGUUUUGCUAUUACAGGAGCAAUGGGAAUAUGUUUCCCAUAUUUAGGAGAAUUUCAACCCACCAAAUAUCGAGAAAAGGUUCUUUGCUGGAUGGAAAUGUUUUGGACGGCUGGAAUCAUUCUCCUGCCUCUCAUCGCUUGGGCGUUAAUACCACUGACGUUUCAGAUUAAAUAUGAAUGGACUAUUGACAACGAGAUAUUUAAGUGGGCAUUCAGUAGUUGGAAUUUAUUUGUUGCAAUAUGUUCCAUUCCCAGUCUCAUUCUUGGUUCAACUCUGUGUUUGUUUCCAGAAAGUCCUAAAUUUUUAAUUGAGUGCGGAGAAACCGAGUUAGCACUAGAAAUUCUGAAUGAGAUAUAUGAAAAAAAUUCCGGCCGCGAUCGAUCGGAAUACCCUAUAAAAAGCUUGAAAGGAAAUGAUAAAGUCAACAACAUAAUGGAAAUACAUAACCGAUCCAAACGAACAUUGAGUAUGAGAAAGCCAAAUCAUCUAAAAAUUUUAUUUAGUGAAAUUUGGGACCAAACAAAAGCGUUAUGUAAAUCUCCUCAUCUAAAAAACACUAUUCUAACGUGUAUUAUUCAAUUUGGAAUUACAAGUAGUUACUAUACAUUGAUGAUUUGGUUUCCGGAAUUAUUCGAUCGAUUUGAGCAUUAUGAAACUCGUUUUCCCGAUACAUCGGCCUCCGUAUGUGACGUAUCUUCAAUCGUGCUAGGUGACAUCAACGGCACGCUUGUGGAUGAUUUCUGUGGGGGAUCAAUAGACACUAGUGUUUUCUUGCAUACUGUUAUCAUUGGAAUAGCAUGCAUCCCCACAAGUUUCUGGCUGCCAAUAUGUGUCCAUCGCCUAGGCGCAAAGUUUUUCCUAGUUUCUAGUCUUCUGCUGGCAGGGGCUGUCACCGUUGGGCUUUUCUUUGUCGUAAACUCAAGACAAAAUUUGAUUUUGUCGUGCGCAUUUGAAGCACUUACUUCUAUGGCUAUUAGUACAGUGUAUUGCGUAAUGGUUGACUUAUUUCCAACUAAUUUGAGGGUUAUGGCUGCUGCUUUAUCGUUAACGUUUGGUCGUGGUGGAGCUUUAGUCGGUAAUCUACUUUUCGGGUAUCUCAUCGACCUAAACUGUAUCGUACCGAUUGUAACCUUUUCUGUGAUGCUCUUUGUUAGUGGCACACUAUGUUUAUUCUUACCGAACACUGGAAGCGAGGCUUUGGAAUAAAAAAGAGAACAAGCUUAGUCGAUUGUCUAAAUAGAGAAUUUGUAAAAAUAGUGCGAAAUUGUAUGGUUUCAUGUUAAGUUGGGUGUCAAAUUUAGUUAUUUUAAGGACAUAUUUCGUAUAGUUUCAGUGAGUGUAAAAUAAUAAAAUAAUACUAGUGAAUAAAAACAUUUAUUGGUAUUUA